UCAGUGAGCGGCGGGAGGGUAAUGGACGAUUUCGAGCUGGGAAUGAGCAGCGGGAUAUCGUUCUUCCGGGAUGAGUUUUACGAGAGCUUCCAGGCGCCCAAGUUCUACGAUUUCAUCAAUCCCAGAGAUUCUGGCAACGCCGACGCGUGGUUCCUCGAUGGAUUGGCCUCCAAGAACAUCAAGGAUCUUGUGAACAGCACUGUCCAAUCGAUUCUACAAACUGGAUCAAACAAUGCAUCCAGGAAACAAUCUUUGAUCAAGGACAGUUCUUCGUUGGAUCCAAAGUCGCCAAGGUAUGAGCAGUGCUCAGAGAACAAGGAUCCAAACCAAGUAAAACCAGUUGGACAAUUACCUGCCGAGGUUGCCACGAACGAAAUCUUCAAGAAAGAGCUAGCUCCAGCAGCAAAGGGUGUGAGAAAGCUCCAGAAGCCGGGAGAGGUCUCUCCAGUGCCUCAAGUCUACAGGUAUUUGUCAGGGAAUUUUCCGGCAACUGUUCCACAGAAGAAGAAAGUUCUUGGAACUCGAAAAGCUACGCAGCAACAGCCGUUCAGCAAAGCGAAGGCGCUUUUCCAAAAACUGAGAGACGCCCCUCGAGACGGAGCAGACUGUGGAUCUUAUCGAGGAACUCUGACUCAAAACGAAGCGACUGUGCUUCCGGCUCGAAAAGCAGUUGAAGCUGCCCAGUCGGAGUUGCAAGUGUCACAGAAAAAGCAAGGCGACUCGGGCAGGGAUAGUGAAGCUGCCGCAAAGUAUGUCGUCGAGCAGGCGGUCAUACUGGAAUCUGCGAUCAAACUACUGAGGCUGGGGGAUGAAGAGAAGACCGUCAAAGUUUGCUCGGAAGUUCUCGGUGCUGUCUGCGCAGAUCAAAAAUCGGAAGAACUGGCCGUGGACAAAUCUCGGAUAGACACUGGUAACUUACAGGAAACCAAGCCAGCUUUUUCUUUUAAAGCAACACGUAAGGAAAACACACAGCAAACUGGAAGAAGAAGGCGGAAAAUUAGUAUAGAGACGACCACGAGACGGAAGACCAUAAAAAAGGCUAUACCUCCCGUCGCUUGUCCCUCUCCUCCGCCAUCACUCUCAAUUCCGCUAAAGCGACCAAGAGUGACUUGUCCACAACCAUUCAGGCUAAGAACAGAGGAAAGAGGUGCUCUCAAGGAGAUUGAAUUCAACAAGAAGAUGGAGCAGUACAUCGCUCUUAGAGAGGGCUCGGUUGUAAUACCUCCAUCUGCUGCUACAAGCCAGCCAAAGGCUUUUCCUCUCAAGAGAAAACAUCAACGAGCACCACCAAGGACUAAAGACAAUCGAAGCCCAGUAGAAGUCAGCAUCGAGAUGAUCUCUAAGGACUUGGCCACUUCUCAAACACUUCCAAGCGAACCAGUAAACAUGAAAGACACACGCAGGCAAGUGAGAAUGCCAUUGUUCGAUCGGCCUUUCAGGCCUCAAAGGUCCACGAAGAAGCUCACGAUUCCAAUCGAGCCAAAGUUCCACGCAAUCAACGCUCGGAGAACCUGUUCCAAGCACUGUCACUCGAACGCUCAAUGAAGCAAACGAGAAUUUUUUUAACAUAAGCCAGAAUAACUUCUCAAAACCGUAUAGUUACUUUCUAUUCCACUAUUUUCUAUUCCAACGAUUUCUCAACUUGUAACAUACAUGGUUUUGACC